AUGGCUCGGUCACUUCUGUUCUUCUUGCUUAUCGCGUCGUCACUGGUUGGUGCGAUUUGCAAAGAUGAUGUACACAAGUUGCAACAGAAAGGCAGAGCGAACCUAGAACAUCGGCUUGCCAAGUCCAAAACAUGCACAAAAAAGAAUCUUCGGGUUCGACGGGAAUGGGGUGACAUCUCAAAGAAGGAGCGCAGAGAGUACAUUGCUGCUAUGUUGUGCUUGAUGUCUAGACCAUCUCGCCUGGACCAAACAGAGUAUCCUGGAGCCAAAACACGCUACGACGACUUUGUCGCUGUUCACAUCAACCAGACUUUGGCCAUUCAUGGAACUGGAAGCUUUCUUGCGUGGCAUCGCUAUUUCACCUGGUCGUUCGAAAGAGUUAUUCGUGAAGAAUGUGGAUACACUGGAACCCAGCCGUAUUGGAACUGGGGCAAGUGGGCAUCUGAUCCGGCAAAAUCUCCUCUGUUCGACGGUAGCGAUACUAGCUUCAGCGGCAAUGGAGCGAUGAUAGAUCAUGAAGAUACCGAUUACUACCCAGCUGGGCCCGGAGGGGGGUGUAUCCAUUCUGGUCCUUUCGUCAACAUGACGGUCCGCCUAGGCCCCCUCUCUCCCCAAGCUAAUCCCGCUCCGGCCCCGAACCCGCUUUCCAACGGUAUGGGCGAUAACCCGCGCUGUGUCCGCCGCGAUAUCACCAACUAUCUUUCCUCGCGCUUCACUCGCACCGAAGACAUGGUGGUCCUAAUCACCAACUCCACCGACAUACUCACCUUCCAAGACCGCAUGCAGGCUGUGAACACGCGUCCUUGGGACCUCGAAAAGACUUACAACCCAGCCGAGCACAACGGGAUGCCGCUCUUCGGCGUCCAUGCCGGCGGACAUCACACCAUUGGCGGCGACCCCGGAGGCGACUUCUUCACUAGUCCUAAUGAUCCGGCGUUUUAUGCUCACCAUUCGGGCAUUGAUCGGACGUGGGCAAUCUGGCAGUGGCUGGACUUGGAGAACCGGACCGAGCAGAUUGCUGGAGGCACUUUUAUGUUUGAUCCGGUGAACAGUCCGAGGCAGACGUUGGAUGAUGUCGUGGAUUUGGGAGUGGUGGGGAACAAGGUGUGGAGGAUUAGGGAUUUGGUUAGCACGGUUGAUGGUCCCUUUUGUUAUACUUAUGAGUAG